AUGAAAACAACUUUCUUUCUCGUACUGUUUGUAUUCUAUUCCUCCAUCGAAGGGUUAAAAAUCAAUUACUAUUCGAGUUUGGGACAAAUAAUUGAUGAAGGAAAUUUGAAGAAUAACGUCUUUGAAGCCUAUUUCGAUGCUAAUGAUUACAGUAACAUUAUCCAGGGUAGUAUUGAUUAUCCUGGCACGCCAAUAGUCGAGCAAAAUCUCUACAGUUCCAAUGAGUAUCAUCGUAAUGCACCCGUGCAUGUUCGAGCCUCAUCGGAGUGUAGUUUUUCAAAAGCACAUUUAGUUGAUCCAUAUUCACUUUUAGUAAAAGACGGCUCAAAAUUCUUCUAUACUGAACAAAAGAAUAUUCAGUUCGAUAAUGAACCAUAUCUCAACGCGGCCACAUUACGUGCCUUAGCCGAUAUUGCCAACAAUCAUCAACGGGCCUAUCAUGUUAGUAAUUCAAGUCUUACAUCUGGAACUGUUAAUCUCGCCGGUGGCUCCAGUAUUGCUCCGGUUGCCCACGCAAGUGUUAGCAUGUUAGCAAUGGCACCAGUUGCGACUACGCCUACAGCUUCCAAUUAUGGUACAUACACUUACCAGAUCAAUGAGGCUUACACGCUCUACCCACAAUCAGUUAAGACCUUCCCAUUCAUUACUCCCACUAUUGCCUUUGCUUACACACUUGAAGCUACGUCCUAUGUUCCGUCGGGUGGAUCGAGCAAUGGACUCUUCCAACGCAUGUUUCACAUUAAGCCAAGUGAAUUUUUACCUGCUGGACAGGUUACAUUCUAUCAAAAUCAGAUGGUCUUAGGGCAAGCAUCAAUUACUGACACAGCAAAGAAUGCCAAUACCACUGUUACCCUUAGUACAGAUCCAGAUAUACAGUACAAGAUUGAGUCAAUAGUCAUUGCUACUCGGCAAUCACCUUCUGGUCAAGAUCUAUCCGUGAAUGUUACUAUUACCAACAGAAAAGACAAACAGAUAGUGACGGUCAAGCUCACUCUGAAUGGUGGAUAUCAAUCGACAACCCUCACCACGAAGAACGUCACCUCGGGUUUAACUAUCACACAAGAUCGUCUGAAAAAUUCAACACUCAUUAUCGAAGCAACCAUAAAGCCAGGCAAGGAAGAAACUGCCUCAUUCAAUCUCAAACAAUCGAAUUCAUCUUAA